AUGCACCGAAUAGCCGAAUAUUUGAUCCAAUAUUCGUCGGUCAAAGCAGAGAAGAACGAAUAUGAAAAAAACAGCGUCCCGCUAAGAAUUCUUUGUCGAGAUAAUAUUCCAUCUCGACACGAACUCAGAAAUUUUAGCAGCCAUGGUAGACCACCCACAUCGAGACGUACGCUGAGUAGGAAGGAACCUGCUAAACCGGAAGUGGCAAAAAGCGAAGAUCCGCCGGAAAUUGUCGGCAAAAUAAAUGACGUCACGGUCAAUCAAGGUCAGAAAGUUGAGUUCAACCUGAAGGUCACAGGCUCCAAGCCCCUGACGGUCACGUGGUUCCGAAAUGACACGACGAAACUUAAGAGUAGCAAGAACUCGAAAAUCACAUUUGCUCAAGGAGAGGCGAAACUUAUAAUAAUGGAAGCGGACGGUGAGGACGAUGGCGAGUAUCGAAUAGAGGCCGUCAACGAGUUCGGUAAGGCCACACAAACAGCCCGGGUCAACGUCAUACUACCUGAAAAACUCCAAGGAAAAGUUAAACAAUUCUCAAAAACCGAAGCAGAAGGAGAAACUGUGGAAUUGAAGAAAGUGUUAAAAGACAAAAGAAGUUCCGUGGUGGCUAAACCCGGAGAUGCCCUCGAUGCAAAUAAGCUGGGCCCUCGCGGGUCCAGGAGUUCCAGAGGAUCCAUCGUCGUCCCCAAGUUACCGACGGCCCCUGUGGGGCCAGGGGGGCCUCAGGGCAUUCCUUCGAUCGUCGUUGAUGGCGGCAACUCGCCCGAUGGAUCUAGGAGAGGCUCAGCAGUUGUCGAUGGAGACCCGCUUAAACGUCGAGGAAGCAAACUCCCGGAUGAAGAUGAGGAGGAAAUGAAAUACUUCCUGACCAAACCUCAGAACCAAGUGGUCAACAUUGGCGAGACUAUGUUCGUUGAGUGCACCUUCAAACAAAAGCCACCGAACGUCGACUGGUACAGAGGGGCCAUCCCGAUGAAAACUGACCCCAGAGUCACCAUCGUCUUUGACCCCGUCAAGUUGUACGCUUCUGUCGAGAUGAAAAAGUGCAAGCAGAGCGACGAGUCAAAGUUCAGAGUUCAAGUUGAGGAUGAGAACGGAGAGGAAACUUUGGAAUUUGCUGGAUUUUCGGUUUUCGUUAAAGACCCUAAAGAUUCUGGAUUAGAUUUUAGGAGUCUUUUGAAACACAAAGAUCACAAAAAACGUAGAGGCACGAAGGAGGAUCCGGACUGGGGAGAGUUAAACCCACUUGAGAAAGACCAGCAAGAGUACGCGAGAAACAGACGCAUGUCCGCCAUCGACCUGUCGAGGAACGCCGCCCAACUCGGUGAUGGCAAGGAAAGGACGACGGAUCACUGGAUAGACGAGCUUGAAGACCUAACCUGCCAAGAGAAAGAGAGCAAGGUGGAGUUAGCAUGCAAGUACAGCAAGCCAACCGCACGCGUCAGAUGGUAUAAAAACAAGCUGGAAAUUUUCCAAGGAACCAAGUAUAACAUUUCUUCUGAAGAUGGAAUAUUCCGACUGAUCGUGAACAAGGUGACAAAGGACGACAACGCAAGAUACAUCUGCAGUGCAGACCUCAAGGAAACAUCCUGCUAUCUCACUGUUGAAAGUAAGAAAGUUGAAUACUUCUUCACACAAAAACUUCCCAAGACUGCCAAUGUGAAGCGGAAGAAGGAUUUGAUACUGGAAUGUAUGAUAAACGAUCCGAGGCCUGACGUUACAUGGAAGAAGAACGGAGAGAAAAUUGAAUACGAACCAGAUAAGUAUGAAAUAUCAAGACGCGAAAAUCGCUGCCUAUUGAAAAUCAAAAAUGUUGGCAAAGAUGACGCCGCUGAAUUCUCUUGCGAGGUUGAAGGAGACAAAACUACAGGGAAAGUGGUCGUCGAAGAGCCGGAGUACGAUUUCGACAAGAGCCUGACAGACACAGACGCCCUGGAGAAGGAAAAUGCCGAGUUCGAAUGCGAAGUAAACGACGAGGAAGCCCCUGUCGAGUGGUACAGGGAGGAUAAGAAAAUUGACAUAAAUGAUCCGAAAUACUUCUGCGUGCAAGACGGCAAGAAACGUCGUUUGCGAGUGAACAACAUCGGUCAGAGGGACGAGGGCAUCUACAAGUGCAAGAUCGUCGGCCAGGAUAAAGUUACUUCAGGAAAAUUAUACGUCGCUCCCGAGGUCGUCAUCAAGGAGCAGUUAAAAAAUUUGCGGAAAGUUGAAGGCGAAGAGGCGCAGUUCGUCUGCAAGGUUAAAAAUCCGAAGAACUACCCGAUAACCUGGUACAGGAACGACGAGGAGAUCAAACCGUCGGACAAGUUCGUGAUUACGGAGGAGGGAGGCAAGGCAACUCUCACUAUCAAAGAUCUAACGCUAGACGAUGCAUCGGAGUUCUCCUGCAAGAUUGGGGACAGGUCAACCUCGGCUAAACUUCAGGUGGAUCUUGCCCAGCGCCCUCCAGUAGUCAAUCUGGAUGCGGUGCCCAGGGAGAUCACAGUGAAGGCGGGCCAGAAUGUUGCCCUCGACAUCCCGUACACGGCCAACCCAAAACCAACCGUGGCCUGGACGAAGAACAAGGGCCAACUCGAUCCAAGCAUCAAAACUUCGCAAACUGCCGACAAGUGCAAACUGAACUUAGAGAAGGCGAAGAGAAGCGACGCUGGCGAGUACGAAAUUGAACUGAAGAACAAGAGCGGCAAGAUAAACGUGCCCAUCACGUUGAAAGUCAUUGACAAACCGUCGAAACCACAAGGACCACUUGUGGUGCAAGAUGUGUACAAGGACAGAUGUCGCCUGUCAUGGAAGCCUCCAAAAGAUGACGGAGGCCUUCCAAUUGAGAAGUACAUCGUGGAAGCCCAGGAUGUAGCGACGGGACAGUGGACGCUCGUUGGGAAAGUUAUCGACGACACUCAGUGUGGAGUGCCUGGGCUGGAGCCUGGUAAAAAGUACAAGUUCAGAGUUAAGGCUGUCAACAGCCUCGGCGAGAGUGAGCCGCUGACGUCGGAUGGGGAGACGCUGGCCAAAGAUCCUUUCGAUCCUCCCGGCCAGCCUGGCAGACCUGAAAUUAUCGACUACGACAAGGACAGGGCCGAAAUCAAAUGGACCCCUCCGACCACGGACGGUGGAAGUCCCAUCCUCAAAUACGUCAUCGAGAAGAGGGAGAGGGGGAAAGAUUGGGAGAAGGUGGGCAUGGUGCCUCCCUCUGAAAACAGUGCUGCCAUCCCGAACUUGGAGGAGGGCAAAGAGUACGAAUUCCGGGUGACCCCCGUGAACGAGGCAGGCCCUGGAAAGGCUUCGGAACCAUGUGCCCCUGUUAAGACCAAAGCGAGAAGAGUCAAGCCGCGAAUCGACCGCAACAGUUUCAUGGAGAUCAACACGUACAAGAACGGCCAGGAAGCAAACAUCGAAGUCAAAUUCUCAGGCGAGCCUUCCCCGAAGGCAGUCUGGAGCAAAGCUGGAAAGCCAUUGGUCGAAGAUAAACUUAUCAAAACCAGUACCAAGCCUUUUGAAACAUUAGAGAAAGGAGAAAACAUCAAGCAAACCGACCAAGACUACGUAACGAACCUCAUAUGGAGAAAGCUGACUCGUAAAGAUACCGGUAAAAUCGUUAUAACCGUUUCUAACGAAUACGGUAUGGACCGAGCCGAGCUAGAAUUGGUUGUAUUCGGACCACCGGGCAAGCCAAAAGGUCCAUUGGAGGUCACAGAUAUCCAGAAGGACAGUGCAACAAUUGCAUGGAAACCACCUGCUGAUGAUGGCGGUAAACCGAUCACUGGCUACACAUUGGAGAAACAAAACGUGUCCACCGGAAAAUGGGAACCAAUAUCCGGAACCAUCCCACCGGAUGUGCACGAAUUCAAAAUACCGAAACUGAAAGAAGGCGAGGAUUACAAAUUCAGAGUGAGGGCCGAGAAUGAGCUGGGGCCAAGUGAGCCGCUCGAAACUGAGAAAUCUGUCCUUAUUAAGAACCCCUUCGAUCCAUCCGAUCCUCCCGGCAAGCCUUUCGUAGUAGACAGCGACAAAAACUUUAUAAAAAUAAAAUGGGAAAAACCGAAAAAAGAUGGUGGCGCCCCCAUAACCGGUUACAACGUUGAAAGAAAGGAUCCCAGAACUGGAACUUGGAGCAAGGUCAACACGGAGCCUCUCAAGGAACCCGAAUUCAGAGAUGAUAAAGUCCAACCGAACAAAGACUACCAAUACCGAGUGACAGCUGAGAACGAAGGUGGCGAAUCAAAACCAAGCGAACCAUCUGAUCUCAUCAAAGCCAGACCUCUCAAAGACGCCCCCAAAGUGGACCUAAGCCUAUUGGCUGGUAAAGAAAUCAGGGUGCGAGCGGGAGAUCCAAUCAAAAUCGAGGUGCCAGUUAGUGGAACGCCCAGACCUAACAUCAGCUGGUCGAAAGAUAAAAAAGAUUUGCCCCCGUCAGAUAAGGCGAGACAAGAAAUCACGGACGACCCGGUAAAGGGCGACGACAAAGCCACCCUAACAAUCCCCGCAUCGACGAGGGCUGACUCGGGCAAGUACACCAUCAAAGCCAGCAAUGAGUUUGGCGAAAGUUCUGGUGACAUUACCGUUAUUGUUUUAGACAAACCUUCCCCACCAAGAGACUUGAACGUAAGCGAAGUCUUCGCCGACAGAUGCACACUCGACUGGAAGCCACCGGCCGACGAUGGUGGUGCCGAAGUCACUGGCUACAUUAUCGAGAAAUGUGAUGAGGAUACCGGUCUGUGGCUACCGAUAAGUGACGUCAUCAGUGGAACGAAGCACGUGGUCAAGGGCCUUAAGAAGGGGAAGAAGUACAAGUUCAGGGUGAAAGCAGAGAACCAAUAUGGCGUCAGUGAUCCAGUUGAAACUGAUAGACCGAUCCUAGCUAAGAACCCAUAUGAUAAACCGGAUCCUCCCGGCAAGCCUGAAGUGACAGACAGUGAUAAAGACUUCAUAGCGAUAAAAUGGGAGCCCCCAGCAAAAGAUGGCGGUGCUCCAAUAACCGGAUACAACGUAGAAAGGAAGGAUCCCAAAACUGGCACCUGGAAAAAAGUUAACACGGAACCUCUCAAAAAACCAGAAUUCAAGGACAAGAAGGUUCAGCCGGGCAAGGAGUACGAGUACAGAGUCACCGCUGAAAAUGCUGGAGGCGAGUCUGAUCCCAGCGAAGCAUCCAAUCCCAUCAAAGCUAGGCCAUUGAAAGCUCCACCUAAAGUUGAUCUAUCUGGAUUAGGCGGUAGGGAUGUGCGUGUGCGAGCUGGAGAGCCAUUGAAAUUGGACAUCCCUAUUUCUGGAGCACCAACUCCAACUGUUACUUGGCAAAAAGAUGCUAAAGAUCUUCCUCCGUCUGAAAGGAUUGAACAGAAAAACGGUGAAGAGGAGGCCAGCCUGCACAUACCUGUCACAAAGAAAUCCGACAACGGAAAAUAUGCCAUCACUGUUAGCAAUCCGAACGGAGUUGAUACUGGAUACAUCAACGUUAUCGUUCUAGACCGACCAUCGCCGCCUGAAAAUCUGCAAGUAUCUGACGUGAGAGCAGAACAAUGCAAGUUAUCCUGGGACCCGCCAGCUGAUGAUGGCAACGGUGAAAUAACUGGCUACAUCGUUGAAAGGUGCCAAGAAGGUACCAACUUCUGGGAGAAGGUUCCGGGAAAUACCAUCGGAACGAAGCAUACAGUCCGUGGUUUGGAGCCCGGUAAGAAAUAUAAAUUCAGAGUUAAAGCUGAAAACCAGUACGGAGUGAGCGAUCCAUGCGAAACUGAUAGAUCUAUUCUGGCCAAAAAUCCGUUUGACCCGCCAGGCGAGCCUAAAGACUUGCAGAUUGACAAAUAUGAUAAGAGUUCCGUGACUUUGAAGUGGAAAAAACCGAACGACGAUGGAGGCAAUUCCAUCAAAGGUUACGUGAUCGAGAAGUGCCCGGCAAAGGGUCGCGGAGAUUGGACGCCUGUCAAUUCUACGCCGACAGCCGGCACAACAUUCACAGUACCAAACUUGACGGAAGGAAGUGAGUGGGAGUUCAGAGUGGUGGCUGUCAACGACGCUGGUCCCGGCAAGCCAAGCAAGUCGACUGGGCCUCACAGAGUCAGGGACCAAGUCUUUGCCGCCGGCCCGCCCGGAACACCCACCAUCGACAGAGUGUCCCCAAAAGCAAUUGAUCUUUCGUGGGAGAAACCCCUGGACGACGGAGGCGGUAAAAUAGAAGGCUACAUAGUUGAGGUGAAGGAUAAAGAUGGCGAAUGGAAGGAGGUCAGUUCAAUUCCCGUCAAAGACACUCACUGCACUGUACCAAACUUGAAAGAAGGAGAAACUUACCAGUUCAGGGUUAAGGCUGUUAACGAGGCGGGUCCUGGUGAACCUAGUAACCCCACUGUACCCGUCGUAGCAGAAAAACCCAAAGAAAAACCAAGCAUAGAUUUGAGCGGCAUCAAAGAUAUAACGGUGAGGGCAGGGCAAGACAUAAAAAUAGCCCUACCAAUAAAAGGUUGGCCCGUUCCUACCGCCACCUGGUCGCUUGGAGAUAACGUUCUCGAUAAGGGAGGCAGAAACAAAAUUGAGACGAGCGAAGACCAGGCCUUGUUAGUUAUAAAAGACGCAGUGAGGAAAGAUACAGGCCCUUACAAUAUCGUUAUUAAAAAUGAUUCAGGAAGUGCUGAAGGAACAGUCAACGUUACUGUGCUCGACAAGCCGUCUCCGCCAGAGGGACCCCUGGAACCAGUCAGCACCUCCCCCACCGAAAUCACACUCGAAUGGAAACCACCGAAAGAUAACGGCGGCUCCAAAAUUGAAAAAUAUGUUUUGGAAAAAAAACCUAAAGGUUCUAACCGCUGGACAAAGGUGCCAGGAACGAUCGGACCCAACGAUACGCAGGCAACCGCCAAAAAUUUGGAACCAGGAGAGGAGUAUGAGUUCAGGGUGAUGGCUGUCAAUGAGAAUGGAGAGAGUGAUCCUCUGGUUACUACGGAACCAAUCGUCGCCAAAUAUCCAUUUGAUCCUCCUGGCAAGCCAGGAAAACCUGAAUGUCAGGGAACAACUGAAGACUCGGUAACAUUAUCUUGGGACCCACCGUUCAGGGACGGUGGAAGGCCCAUCAAAGGAUACGUGCUCGAGAAAAGAGAAAAAGGGGCCAAGAAGUGGUCCAAAGUUCCGGCUGAAAUCACAGAUCCGGAGUUUACAGUGAAAGGCUUGGUGGAAGGAAGACCGUACGAAUUCAGGGUAGCUGCCAUCAACGAUGCUGGCCAUGGAGAAUUUUCUGAACCAUCAGAAGCGAUCAAACCCGCACCACCACCAUCUGCACCAAGAGUGCUAGAUUCUCUCCUCGGAGAUGUAAGGGCAAAGGUCGGCGAGCCCUACAAAAUAAAAAUUCCAUACAAAGGAACCCCUGUGCCCGAUGUCACCUGGUUCAAUGGAGCUAAACAAUUGGAUGAGGAUGGUAGGAUAUCGUUUGAAAUAAAGGAUGACGAAGUUGUUCUCCUUUGCAAAUCAGCCAAGAAAGAAGAUACAGGCCGCAUAUCAGCCGUCCUAAAGAACGUGAAGGGCUCCGACACAGCGUACGUGAACUUGGUGGUGGUCGACAAACCUGGUGCUCCAGAAGGACCCCUUGAAGUUUCCAAGAUCACCCCCGAAUCUUGUAAACUCUCCUGGAAGCCUCCCAAAGACGACGGUGGCAAUCCAGUUUCUCAUUACGUAGUUGAGAAGAAAGACAAGACAUCAGGCAAGUGGACUCCAGUGAGUCGUUUCUGCAAGGACACUGAAUGUGAGGUGAACGACCUGGAGCCAGGCGAGACCUACGAGUUCAGAGUUUCCGCUGUUAAUGAGAACGGCCAGAGCGAGCCACUGCUCACUGAUAAGCCGAUCGUUGCCAAGCAUCCUUUCGACCCGCCAGGCAAGCCUGGAAAGCCGACGAUUGAAGAUGCGGACGAGAGCUCUGUCACUCUCUCCUGGUCCAAACCAAUCAACGACGGGGGCAACAAAAUUAAGGGCUACGUCAUCGAAGCCAAGGAAAAAGGGUCGAACAAAUGGACGCCACUAAAUCCGAGAAACCCCUGCCACGAUACAACAUUUACAGCUCAAAACUUGGAACCGAACGUUGAAUAUGAGUUUCGUGUGUUGGCCAAGAAUGAAGCAGGACUCGGAGAACCAAGCGCGCCAUCUGAUGCCGUUAUCACUAAGCCUAAACCCACGAAAGCUUCAGCCCCUGGAGCACUGACUCCUGACAAAGUUGGGCCACACUCGAUCGAUCUCAGUUGGACGAAGCCUGCCAACGACGGAGGCAGCCCCAUCAAAGGCUACAGAUUGGAGAAGAAAACUCCGUACGGAGACUGGGAAGCAGUUUCAGACGCUCCAAUCGUCGGAGAGACAGCAACAGUUCCAGAUUUGGUGGAAGGUGAGGAGUAUCAGUUUAGAGUCGCUGCAAUUACAGACGUAGGUGUCGGAGAUUUCAGCUUAGCUACUGCCCCAAUCAAAGCAGAAAAGCCGAAACGCGUGCCAGACUCACCCGAAAACUUGCAGGCAACAGAAGUUUUUGCCGACCACUGCAAGCUGGCCUGGCUGCCUCCGUCCGACAACGGCGGCUCCGAAAUAACUGGAUACGUGGUGGAGAAGUGUCUCGAUGGAACGGACAACUGGGAGAAAGUUCCUGGAAUAGUCUCCGGAGAGUCUCACGUCGUGAAAGGAUUGGAGCCUGGCAAGAAAUACAGGUUCAGAGUUAAAGCUCAAAAUAAACUUGGAUUGGGAGAGCCCGUUGAGACUAAUAAGGCCAUCCUAGCUAAAGAUCCGUACGACCCGCCUGGCGAGCCAAAAGAUCCAGUGAUCACAAAAUACGAUAAGAAUUCAGUCACGUUGAAAUGGAAAGAACCAACAGAUGAUGGAGGCAAUCCCAUACAAGGCUACAUCAUCGAGAAGUGCCCGGCAAAAGGACGCGGAGAUUGGACACCUGUCAAUUCUACGCCAACAGCCGGCACUACAUUCACAGUACCAAACUUGACGGAAGGAAGUGAGUGGGAGUUCAGAGUGGUGGCUGUCAACGACGCUGGUCCCGGCAAGCCAAGCAAGUCGACUGGGCCUCACAGAGUCAGGGACCAAGUCUUUGCGGCCGGACCACCGGGAACCCCUCAGGUGGAUGAAGUCACUCCAAACUCAGUAGCCCUGUCUUGGGAGAAACCAUUCGACGAUGGCGGUGGAAAAAUUGACGGCUACAUCGUUGAGAUGAAGGACAAAGAUGGCGAGUGGAAAGAAGUCUCGCCAUUAGUGAAAGAUACAAAAUUCAAAGUACCACACUUAAAGGAAGGAGAAACUUAUCAGUUCAGAGUGAAAGCAGUCAAUGAGGCGGGUCCAGGGACUCCCAGUGCCCCCACUGCUCCCGUCGUUGCCGAAAAACCUGCUGAGAAACCAAGCAUUGAUUUAAGUCAGAUGAAAGAUAUAAACGUGAAAGCUGGUCAAGAAAUAAAAAUUGUCGUUCCAAUAAAAGGUUGGCCCCUCCCGACGGCUACCUGGGAACUCAAUGGAGCUCCUAUUGAGAAAGGUGGAAGGGUGCAUAUGGAGGUUCAAGAAGAUAAAGUCAUAUUGACAGUAAAAGAUGCAGCAAGAUCUGACACGGGCAAGUAUGAUUUGAAGUUGAAGAACCCGCACGGAACUGCAGAGGGUUCCCUUCACGUUAACGUCCUUGACAAGCCGGCAGCACCUGAAGGACCUCUCGAGCCAGUCAGCACCUCCCCCACCGAAAUCACAUUGGAAUGGAAACCACCAAAAGAUAACGGAGGUGCCAAAAUUCAGAAAUACGUCCUCGAAAAGAAACCUAAAGGUUCCAACCGCUGGACAAAGGUACCAGGAACGAUCGGACCCAACGAUACACAGGCAACCGCUAAAAAUUUGGAACCAGGAGAGGAGUAUGAGUUCAGGGUGAUGGCCGUCAAUGAGAAUGGAGAAAGUGAUCCUCUGGUUACUACGGAACCAAUCGUCGCCAAAUAUCCGUUCAAUCCACCCGGAAAGCCAGGCACUCCUGAAUGUCUGGGAACGACGGAGGACUCCAUAACAUUAACGUGGGAGCCUCCCACCAGAGAUGGCGGCCGACCAAUCAAGAGUUACGUCGUCGAGAAGAGAGAGAAGGGAUCGAAAAAAUGGACCAAAGUGCCUGAAGAAAUUCUCGACAACGAAGUAACGGUGAAAGGAUUGAAAGAAGGAAGGGAGUAUGAGUUCCGAGUAGCCGCAGUGAAUGACGCAGGACCAGGUGCCUUCUCUGAUGCAUCGGAGGCCAUCAAAGCUGCCCCUCCUCCCACUGCUCCGAAGGUUCUUCUCGACCCGAGUUUGAGCGAGGUGAGAGCAAAAGUAGGAGAACCAUAUAAGAUAAAAAUUCCAUACAAAGGCACACCCGUUCCUACUGUUAACUGGUUCAAUGGUCCGAGACAAAUAAACGAAGAUGGAAGAAUAUCAUUCGAAAUAAAGGACGAUGAAGUUGUUCUCCUCUGCAAAUCAGCCGAAAAAGCCGACGCGGGCCGCAUAUCAGCUGUCCUAAAGAACGUGAAAGGCUCCGACACAGCGUACGUGAACUUGGUGGUGGUCGACAAACCUGGUGCUCCCGAGGGACCUCUCGAAGUUUCUAAGGUCACCCCCGAAUCCUGCAAACUCUCCUGGAAUCCACCUAAAGAUAACGGAGGUGAUCCUAUCACUAACUAUCUCGUCGAGAAGAAAGACAAAACUUCAGGUCGUUGGACUCCAGUGAGUCGUUUCUGCAAGGACACUGAAUGUGAGGUGAACGACCUGGAUCCAGGCGAGACCUACGAGUUCAGAGUUUCCGCUGUUAAUGAGAACGGCCAGAGCGAGCCACUGCUCACUGAUAAGCCGAUCGUUGCCAAGCAUCCUUUCGACACACCUGGCAAGACGGGCACUCCUGAAAUUGUGGACGUGGACGAGGGUACUGUGACACUUUCGUGGACAAAACCGAUCAGUGAUGGAGGGGGCAAGGUCAAAGCUGACGGCUUGGACCCCGAUAAAGAGUAUGAAUUCAGAGUGGUGGCCAAGAAUGACGCAGGGCUUGGUGAGCCGAGUUCUCCGAGCAAAGCUGUCCAACCUAAAGCGAAACCAACCAAAGCCUCGCCACCCGGAUCAGUAAAGGUGGACAAGGUGGGCCCUCACGCAAUCGACCUCAGCUGGACCAAGCCCCUCCAUGAUGGUGGAAGUCCAAUCAAAGGCUACAAAAUAGAGAAGCGUACACCGGGAGGAGAUUGGGAAUCUGCUUCGGACACUCCUAUUUUCGGCGAACAGGCAACAGUUUCGGAUUUGAAUGAAGGUGAGACUUACGAAUUCAGAGUGGCCGCCAUCACUGAUGCCGGCACUGGCGAUUUUAGUUUAGCCACGCCUCCCGUCAAAGCCGAAAAACCUAAACACGCUCCCUCGUCCCCAGAGAACCUUCAAGCCACGGAUAUCCACGCAGACCACUGCAAGUUGUCGUGGCUGCCACCUUCUGAUAAUGGCGGAGCUGAUAUCACAGGUUAUGUGGUAGAAAAAUGUGAGGAAGGUUCUUCAGUGUGGGAGAAAGUUCCAGGAGUUGUCAGCGGUGAGUCACACGUUGUCCGAGGACUGGAGCCAGGCAAGAAAUAUAAAUUUAGAGUAAAGGCUCAAAACAAACUUGGCCUGGGAGAACCAGUUGAAACAAAUAAAUGGAUUCUUGCUAAGAAUCCCUACGACCCACCAGGCGAACCAAAAGAUCCAUUAAUAACGAAAUAUGACAGAAAUUCUGUGACGUUGGCUUGGAAAGCUCCAAAUGAUGAUGGCGGCAAUCCAAUUGAAGGCUACAUCAUCGAGAAGUGCCCGGCAAAAGGACGCGGAGAUUGGACGCCUGUCAAUUCUACGCCGACAGCCGGCACUACAUUCACAGUACCAAACUUGACGGAAGGAAGUGAGUGGGAGUUCAGAGUGGUGGCUGUCAACGACGCUGGUCCCGGCAAGCCAAGCAAGUCGACUGGGCCUCACAGAGUCAGGGACCAAGUCUUUGCGGCUGGAGCUCCAGGAACACCACGCGUUGACGAAAUUUCACCAAACUCUGCAACACUUUCCUGGGACAAACCGCUGGAUACAGGAAACGGAAAAAUUGAUGGCUAUAUUGUUGAGAUGAAGGACAAAGAUGGCGAGUGGAAAGAAGUUUCUCCACUUGUAAAAGAUAACAAAUUCAAAGUACCCCACUUAAAGGAAGGAGAAACAUAUCAGUUCAGGGUGAAGGCUGUCAACGAGGCGGGUCCAGGGACUCCCAGUGCCCCCACUGGACCCGUUGUUGCCGAGAAACCUGCUGAAAAGCCAAGCAUAGAUUUGAACGGCAUAAAGGACAUAACAGUAAAGGCGGGCCAGGAGAUCAAAAUAGCAGUUCCCAUAAAGGGUUGGCCCCUCCCAACUGCUUCUUGGCAACUGGGAGAUGAACCGAUUAUUAAUGGAGGAAGAGUUAAAAUGGAGACCACACCAGAUUUUGUGUAUCUUUCGAUAAAAGAUGCAUCCAGAGCUGACACCGGCCCUUACAAACUUCAUCUCAAAAACCCAUCUGGGACCGCGGAUUGUGUUGUCAAUGUUACUGUUCUAGAUAAACCGGCAGCACCCGAAGGACCAUUAGAAGCAACCGAUACCAAGCCCACCGAAAUCACUUUAGAAUGGAAACCACCAAAAGAUAACGGAGGUGCCAAAAUUCAGAAAUACGUCCUCGAAAAGAAACCUAAAGGUUCCAACCGCUGGACAAAGGUGCCAGGAACGAUCGGACCCAACGAUACGCAGGCAACCGCCAAAAAUUUGGAACCAGGAGAGGAGUAUGAGUUCAGGGUGAUGGCCGUCAAUGAGAAUGGAGAAAGUGAUCCUCUGGUUACUACGGAACCAAUCGUCGCCAAAUAUCCGUUCAACGUUCCUGGAAAACCAGGUGCCCCAGAAGCUGUAGGUACCACUGAAGAUUCAAUAACACUGAGCUGGGAGCCACCGUUUAAAGAUGGAGGCAGACCCAUCAAAGGUUACGUCCUUGAGAAGAGGGAGGCGGGGUCAAAGAGGUGGAGCCGAGUGUCUCCUCACGACAUCGACGAUACGACCUUCACCGUUAAGAACCUCAUCGAAGGCAAACCUUACGAAUUCAGAGUAGCAGCAGUCAAUGAAGCCGGCGUCGGCGCCUUCGCUGAAUGCGACAAAGCCAUCAAGCCUCAGGCGCCAGCUACUGCUCCGAAAAUACAACUGGAUGGACUGCCUGGAGAGAUCUACGCCACUGAGGGAGAACCAUUCAAAAUAAAAAUUCCAUUCAAGGGAAGUCCCGUACCCACCGCUCAGUGGUUCAACGGGUCAAAAGAAAUUUUAGAAGACGACCGCAUGAAAGUAGAAAUUGGCGACGGCGAAGUGACCUUGACUUGCAGGGCAGCUAAAAAAGAUGACCAAGGACGUUACUCCAUCACUCUUAAAAACCCGAAAGGAACUGACACAGCCCACAUUAAUGUCAACGUUAUCGGCAAACCUGGUCCACCCGAGGGCCCCUUGAAAGUUUCAAAAAUAACUCCAGAAUCCUGUUAUCUUAGCUGGGAUCCGCCAACUCACGAUGGUGGUCGACCAGUGACCCACUACUUCAUUGAGAAGAAGGACAAAACAUCUGGAAAGUGGACGCCGGUGAGCAGAUAUUGCAAAGGAACAGGUUUUGAAGUGGGUGACCUCGAUGAGGGUGAGACUUAUGAGUUCAGGGUGUCGGCUGUCAAUGAACUUGGCCAGGGCGAACCACUCGUUACUGACAAGCCAAUUGUCGCUAAGCAUCAAUUUGAGAAGCCAGGAAAAACUGGCACACCGAAAGUUGAAGAUGUAGACGAGGACUCCGUGACCCUUUCCUGGGCCCGACCAAUGGACGAUGGAGGAAACAGAGUUUCAGGGUACGUCGUAGAAGUUAGAGAGAAGGGAUCAGAUAAGUGGAAGCCAGUCAAUGAGAAGAAUCCCUGCAAGGACAAUCGAUUCACUGUUGGAGAUCUGGAGAAAGGUAAAGAGUACGAAUUCAGAGUUAGAGCCAAAAAUUUGGCGGGUCUAGGCGAUCCAAGCAGUCCGUCGCAAACGGUCACACCUAGAUCGAAAGCAUCCAAAGCAUCACCACCCGGUCUGCCAUCUGUCGACAAAGUAACGAAAAACAGCGUUGAUUUGAGCUGGACGAAACCGCGUUCAGAUGGUGGCAGUCCCAUACGGGGCUACCAAGUCGAGAAGAGGCUACCCGGUGGAAGCUGGGAGAAGGUGAAUCACAUACCGAUUGAAGGUGAGAAGAUUCACAUUCCAGAUUUGGACGAGGGUAAGGAGUAUGAGUUCAGGGUGGCUGCCGUAACAGAGGUUGGUCCUGGAGACUUCAGUCUUAACACGGCUCCCGUCAAAGUUUGCGAAAGAAAAGCUGAAAGAUUACCAGAAUUCUUGCAAAGACCAGCUGAUUCAACGACGCCGUUGGAUGAAGAUGCUAAAUUCCAAGUUGUGGUCGAUGGAGAACCUUUCCCGAAAGUUAAAUGGUUUAAAGACGGUUUUGAGUUGAAACCAGGCGCGAAGUAUCGCAUUGUUGAGGACGAUGGAAAAGUUCAGCUGAUCGUGAAAAAUGUCCAUCCUGACGACGCUGGCGACAUCACGUGCGAGAUAUCAAAUCCCAAAGGAAAGGAUAGUGCUACUGCUCGCCUCAUCGUUCAAACUCCGCCAAAGAUUGACGGGGACAUCAGGGAGCAGUCGGUGGACAAGGGUGACACCUUCAAACUGAAAAUUCCCUUCCACGGAACCGGUCCCUUCUCGUACAAGUUGCGCAGAGAUAACAAAGAAAUACCCGACGGCCAUGAUCGUGUUAAGAUUAUACCCUACGAUGGAUACGUCGUGCUGCAGAUAAGAGACGCAGAGAAAGGUGACACUGGAAAAUAUAAACUAGAAAUUUCAAACGACAGCGGCAAAGGUUCAGUAGAUAUACCCGUAAAGGUCAAAGCACCGCCUGGCAUCUGCAUAGCUCCCCUGCAAGUCUCAGAAAUAACGAAGAACGCCUGCCACUUGAGGUGGAAGGCACCCGAAGACGAUGGCGGCUCUAAGAUUACCCACUAUUGCAUCGAGAGAAGGGAGAGUGGAAAGCCCUACUGGACCACUGUUUCUACUCACACCAGAGAUUUAGAAAUAGACGUGCAAGGCCUGGUAGAGAACAAGGAAUAUUUGUUCAGAGUCUGCGCCACCAAUGCUCACGGCAACGGAGAAUGGUUGGAAGCCCCUAACCCCAUUGUUGCCAAGAUGCCCUUUGACCCACCCGGACCACCAGGCGAACCAGAGGCUCAGGAAGUCGGUGGAGAUUUUGUCUCGUUGUCAUGGGAACGACCUCGCAGCGAUGGGGGAGGUAAACUUCUGGGAUAUUUUGUCGAGAAGAAAGAAUCAACGUCAGAAAAUUGGGUGCGAGUUAACCAGGUCCCCAACCCUGCCAAUGUUUUCAACGUGAGUGGGUUGAUUGAGGACAGAGAAUACGAUUUCAGAAUAUUUGCAGUGAACGAGGCAGGCGAGAGCAAACCUGCUGAAACCGGCCGGAGAAUCAAAGUAACCGAUCCGAAAGCUGCUAAGGUUCCUGAAAUUUUGUCCGGACUGAAGCCUGUCACGUGCAUGCAAGGAAAAACAGCCAGAUUUGAAGCUACAAUAAUUGGACAGCCAAACUUGGAAGUAACAUGGUACAAGGGCUCCAGAGAAUUGUUUGACAGCGCCAAGUAUGAAACUUCGAAGGAGGGCGACGUGUUUGCUCUGCACAUCAGAGAUGCGUUCGGCGAAGAUGCAGACGAGUAUUGUGUCAAGGCCACCACCUCUGCAGGCUCGAGGUCAUCCAGGGCUGAUUUGACGAUAAAAAGUCCGCCAAAAAUAAACGUACCACCGAGGUUCAUGGAUGUGGCGCAGUUCGAAAAGGGUGAGGACGUGGUGAUCAAGUUGCCAUUCACUGGCUUUCCCAGGCCGAAAGCCAGGUGGUACAAAAACACGUUAGAUAUUGAAGAGAGCAGCAAGUACAAUAUCGAAUUGAAGGAGAGGCACGCCAUACUGACCGUGCAGAAAUCUGACCGAAGCGAUAAUGGCGAGUACAGACUUUCUCUCGAGAACGAUCUCGGGAGUGAUUCCGCCAUCAUUAAAAUCGCAGUCAAUGAUGUACCCGACCCACCGAAAUUGCUGAACGUGGACAACCUCUACCACGACAGCGUCAUGUUGUCGUGGAAACCACCGCUGAACGAUGGCGGAGGUUUUAUCACGCAGUACAUUGUUGAGAAGAGGGAGGAGGGCAUGAGUAACUGGGUCAGGUGUGCCCCCACUAGGUUUGCAUUUGCAUGCAUCGAGGGCUUGUCUCCGAGCCACAACUACGAAUUCAGGGUCAUCGCCGAGAAUCUCUACGGGAGGAGUCAGCCGAGUGAGCCGGUCACGCUGAAGACUGUUUCUGAGCAGGAAGGUCGACAGAGGAAAGGACUGGCCCCAGAAGACGAAAACAAGAAGAAGAAAUACACCGGUCCCAAGCCAGACAACUACGAUCGAUUAUACCACAAUAUUUGGGACAACAACAAACCGCAAUCUGUGGACGUUAAGAGUGGCAGCAGCGUCUACGACAACUACGACGUCUGUGAGGAAAUCGGGAGUGGGGCGUUCGGGCGCGUCCACAGGGCAGUUGAGAAGUCAACGGGUGAUAAUUACGUGGUGAAGUUCGUCAAUACGCCGCUGCCCGCCGACAAGCAGACCGUCAAAAACGAAAUCUCCAUCUUAAAUGAUCUCAGACAUCCGAGAUUGUUAAACUUGCACGAUGCAUACGAAGAGCCGAAAGAAAUGGCUAUGGUCUUUGAAUAUUUAUCCGGCGGAGAAUUAUUCGACCAGAUAUCUGACGACGAUUCCAAGCUGACCGAAGCAGAUGUGAUCAAUUACGUGAAACAAAUAUGCGAUGGCCUCAAGUUUAUGCACGAUAAAAAUAUUGUACACCUCGAUAUCAAGCCGGAGAACCUCCUCUGCCCUACACGCAAAAGUAGGGAUGUUAAAUUAAUCGAUUUCGGUUUGUCGGCUCGAUUAGAUCCUGAUGUGGCCGUCAAAGUAUCGACUGCAAGCGCCGAUUUUGCUGCUCCGGAAAUCGUGGAUCACGAACCGGUCGGAUUUUACACCGACAUGUGGUCUGUCGGUGUGCUGACAUAUGUUCUAUUGAGUGGCUUGUCGCCAUUCGGCGGCUCAACAGACAGCGAAACGCUUAACAACGUCAGAAGCGGCAAGUGGGAUUUCGAUUCGGAAGCAUUCAGUGGAAUUUCUGACCUUGGCAGGGAUUUCAUCAGCAAACUUCUCAUCAAAUCACCACAAAAGCGAAUGACAGUGCACGAAGCUUUGGAGCAUCCCUGGUUGUCACAGCCCCACCCGGACUACACCCAUCGUAUUCCUGGUUCCAGGUUCAGCAAAAUCAGGCAAAAAAUUGGUGGAAAAUACGUAAGUUUUUGGAGAGAAAGCGAUUGGGGAACUCCAAUGCCUGCCAUUGGUCGGAUCGCCAACUACAGUUCCCUCAGAGGGCAAAGACCUCGUGAAUAUCAAAUCUACGAUAAUUAUUUUGAUCGCAAGGAAGCUAUGCCUCGAUUCGUCAUCAAACCUCGCCAUUGCUACGUGCAAGAAGGUGGUGUCGGUAGUUUCAAAUGUAAGGUUAUGGCUGGCUCUACCCCUCUUAUCACUUGGUAUUUCAAAGGCCAAGCGUUGAACCCGGGCUUGAAAUUCAUGCCGAAAUACUUCGGAACGGAUUACGAGCUGAGGGUUGGUCGUUGCAAGCUUGAAGACAGAGGGACGUACGUCGUUAAGGCUGUCAACUCGUACGGAAGUCGCGAGGAAUGUGCCAACCUAACUGUCGAGCAAGGCCCACCGCAGCCAAUUCAGAGGGCAUACAGCGUCGAACCGACAUCUGCCUACAAAAAGAAACCGGUAGAAGACAACUUCGAAAAGUUCCAGGAGAAGAAGAAGGCUCCGAGCUUCUUGUUCCACCUUCGCGAUCGCUUCCUGCAGGAAGGUGUCGCAUUCAAAUUGAUCGCCACUGUGGACGCCAACCCCACUGCCAAGGCGACCUGGUACAAGGAUGGGAAGGCUCUGCACGUGGGAGGCAAGUACAACAUCGACACAUCGGUCGGCGUCUGCACGCUGGAGGUGGCUUCCUGCGACGUUUCAGACGCCGGCAAGUUCAGUUGCGUGGCAGAAAACGAGCUGGGUAGUGCCGAGACAUUCUGCAAGAUCAGCGUCAACAAAAAAGUGGACAUCAAACCGGAUUCAGACUUCAAGAUAGGCAGCGUGCCAGUGUCGACCAGCAACGUCAUCUACGGAGGACACGCCUACAGCAGCUUCGCUGACGAACGACCGCACAUAACAUCAGCAACAACAGGAGCAGCUAGCAGCAGAUAUCCAAGUGGUGGCUACGAAAGCAGCUACUCAAAAAUAGGCUACAACGAACGAUCGAGGAGAGCCGGUUCGAUGGUUCCCACCUCCGACACAACGAACGACUUCAAGAUCAAAGUCAGAUAUAUGAACGACGUAGACACUGACGACUACACGACCAGCACUAGCAGAUACAGAUCAGGCUACAGCAGCAGCACUGCUGGCUCUAACAGAUCCUCAAUAAACAUUUCUAACCUGCCGCCCAGACCAGGCCACCACACGUCGGUAUCUCUAACCUCCAACUCGCUAUCAUCAUCGCAAGGCAUCUCUCCAUACACCAGUGUAGUAAGGAAGUCCAUUACAACAUCGAGCCGCGGUGGUUCAGGUGGUGGUGGCUAUGGUAGCGGCGGAUACGGCGUUGGCGACAAGACAAUGUAUAAAAGAAGCGUAUCUCAAGUGUCUUCCAGCCGCCGAUACUGACGAAUGCCCACAGACAACUUCUCCUUGCUCCUACUUUGAUGAUAGUUAGAUAUAGAUAGAUAUAUAGUCUGAUCUCAUCCCGCUAAUGUAAUUUUUUUGUUAAGAAGAUAAAAAAAAUACUAAUUUUAUUUUUCAAUUUAAAGUUUUCUUCUUUGUUUUAAAUUGUUUUUCCUUGAAUAUUAUUGAUCGUUCAACGUACAAGAUGUCCAUGCGGCUUCAUUUCAUAACGACAUGAAUGAGUCUCACGUGUAUAUUGUACAUUGAAUCCGAUUUCUAACUUUUAAUAUUGUACUAACAACACUAUUUCAAUCCCUCCCAUCAAUUAAGUUACUACUGCUCCUACUACAACUUCUGUUAAUACUACUACUACAGCUUUUGUUACUAUUGCUACUUAUAUAAUGCUACCAUAAGAAUGAAUACUAAUAAGUACCGUAAAAUCUAUUUUUCGUUUAAGAACUUUCAAAUUUGCUUUCGAUUUUUUAUGAUUCAUCAUCAUUAUUCGCAGAGACAAAUUUUUUGCAAUUUUUGCCACAUAUCUAUCUAUCUAUCCAUAUUUGUAUUCGCAUGUUCAUCCACUUAUGUUAUAUUUUUUCACAUUUGGAAAUGAUUAAUUAUUCUCUUCCUAAUAUCAGAGAAAAAAUUGUGUUUCGUUUUUCUUGGCUUGCCAAAAAAUUAUAAAAUUGAACAAA